AUGGCAGGGCCAAAUAAACUGUCAGCUCAGUAUGUGAACACAGAAUCAAGUGGACAUUUAAAACCCAAAAUUAGUCGAGCACUUUAUAGGCAACAGCCUCCUCCGAGCCUAGAAUAUUCUUCAGACAUUGGCUGCUUUCGUCCUUGGAGGGUUGGAGAUCUGUUGACUGAAUGUCCAGACUCUCUCACCACACAGCAGCAAAAACAGCAACAGUUCUUAGAGUCUCAUCAAGGACUUGGCGCCAAUCUCAGCCCAACUUACAAAUCAAAAUCACCAUUGCCCUCACCUGUGCGUUACUUGCAUGGCUGCACCUAUUCAGAUGUUAGCGAUGUGUCGGAGGAUAGCGGAGGUGGGGCUAGCAGUCGGGAACCAUCACCUGCUAAAGAACAUGAGCUGGAGGAUUACCAAGGCCUAUCGCCACAGUCUCCAUCACAUUUCAAAUGGCGUGACAGAAUAUCUGCAGAAACUUCUCCUAAGAUGCUUCGGAUCGGAACAUCAGAGUCCGCAAGCAUUGAAGCCAGAUCUUCAGAUUCAGAUCGGUCACCAAAUCGAACUGAAUCGGGUGUACAGUGGCGGACUGACGAUGACAGCAGUCGGGUGCAGGACAAACCAAAACCACGCCAUGCAAACUUCAAAAAGAUUUUGCAGGCUCGCUACUUAUCAAGUAUUGAGGAUGACAGUGGUGGCUGUCAAAUGGACAUGAAUGAAAGUGAUGCCAAGGACAAUAACGAUGUGUUCAUGCCUGCUGAAAAUCCAGAAGAUAACAAUAACAAAUCUUCAACUGCUGACACCAAGCCAAAUAAGGACACACUUGGUUCGGCUGGUGAGCAGCCGCAAUCAUCAAAUUCCUCUUCUUCCUCCUCUUCCUCCUCCUCCUCGUCGUCCUCAUCGUCGUCCUCUUCUACUGGACUGCAACGUGAGCCAUUAGACUUGUCAAGUCGGACAUAUGACACCUCCCCAUCAAAGGGCCCACCCAUGUCAAUAUCUGAAAUCAUGUGCCCCCCUCCACCAGAACCAUAUACAUUGUCUCCUUCAUCAUACAUUAGAUCCCCACCCUUUUACUCAAAGCAUCUUCUCUCUCCAAGGUCACCUCUUUGCUCUGUGCCUGAAGGUGGACAUGUAUUCAAUUUCAACCUGCCUUCUCCCUUGGAAGGCACUCACUCAGAUCCAGAGAUUGUCUCACCUAGUCCACGCUCUCCCAGUUACCAUUUCACAUUCCCACCUCGACCUUCAAUGGUUGCCGGUUUGUCUGACUUCAAACGACUCCCUGUCUCGCCUCGAGCAUUCUACCCAAGCAGUCCACUACCUUUGUCUCCAUCCCAACCCCCUUCUUCUGGCGCUGGUAGCCGACACCCAUACAGUCCCUUGAGUAGUAGUGGGAGCAGUGAGGAUCCCCGCGAACGACGCGCCUUGUCUGACUCGGAUAUAACGUACCUGUGUCCUGUCUGUGGUCAGGUGUUUCCCUCGUAUGACAACUUGACCAAACACAUGGCCAAGCAUCUCCCCACGGAGACGGUGCGCACGGGAGACAACAACAAAGUACACUAUUGCAAGGUGUGUCACCGUGCUUUCUCCCGUAGCGAUAUGCUGACCCGACAUAUGCGUUUGCACACAGGGCUCAAGCCUUAUGAGUGCCGUAUCUGUGGCCAAGUGUUUAGCCGCAGUGACCACCUGAACACACAUCAGAGAACUCACACUGGGGAAAAGCCAUACAAAUGUCCACAGUGUCCCUACGCUGCCUGCCGAAGGGACAUGAUUACCCGACACAUGCGCAUCCACCUGAAGCGUUCCUCGAAAAAGAAGUACCCUCCUUUCCAGGGUAAAGAGGAGCCAGAUACAACAACUGCAGCCAGUACUACCCCAACACCAAAAGGCUCACUGUCAAGCGGAGAUGCAACAGAUUCGCCUGACCAGUCAGCACGUGCAUGUUCAGUUUCCAGUGCAGAUAGCAUUGACUCAGAGCAUACCAAUGGAAGCAGCAGCAGCAGUCAACAACAGAAGCAGCAAGCCUUCAUUGCUGGGGGUUCGUCAUCAGAGGGAAUAGAGGCUGACCGCAGCAGUUGUAGCAGUGGCCGGCCUCGCUUCUGGUCAACAGCAAGUGGUGAAAGCACUGACCUCGAGGAACAUCCGAGCAACAGCAGUAACACAAGUACAUCAAACAAUAAUCAACAAGUCAUGCCCGUUUUUGUUGACAGUGGUGAGGGUGGUGUACCACCACACCUCAACUAUCGGAAGUCACGUAACUGGUCCACUACAAGUCAUGAGAGUGUUGACUCUGAGGAGACAGCUUCUGGUAUUCAGGAUACAUUCUUAGAUGAGCUGACCUUUGAUAUGAAUCAGCCAAUGGCCACUGCUGUCUCAGAUGAAGCACUCAAACCAGAGAGUCCAGCCAUUGACACUGAGAGCUUACAGAAAUUUAGUAUUAGUUCUGACCGCAAUUGA